UCCAAAGAGUCAAUGCAACAGUGUUGCAGUAGCAAUACCGGAUUGUGUCUGCUGUGCUUCUGGGUUUGUGUUUUUGGAUUAUAAUCGUUUUUCUCCACACAGAAUCGCUUGAAAGGAAUGGUUGGUUCUGUUGGGAAAUGUUUAAAUGCGAGAAAACUGUUUCAGAAUGAAUGCAUUUUUGUAGUUGGUGCUACUUUUUAGGUGACUGAACGGAGGAGAAGUUAGUUUUUUUUUUGGGGGGGGGAGGUAAUCUCCAUUUCGAUGUAGUUUUAAAGACGGGGACAGUUUCUCCGUUGUGUAAUUUUACUUUUCGCAUCCUUCCCGAAGGAUAGCGCCAGCAGUUUUCGCGAAAGCCGAUGCCUUUUCUUUUCGACUCAUGCGCCGCUGAGAAUCAAGAGUUCCGCUGAGGAUCGGGCGAGCGUAAAAAGUGGGACUUGAAUGUAAAGCAUUUUUUGUUUCUUAAAUGGAUCGCCAUUCCAGUUUCAUUUCCAUUUGGCUGCAACUGGAGCUGUGUGCCAUGGCAGUGCUUCUUACGAAAGGAGAAAUACGGUGUUACUGCGAUGCUCCUCAGUGCGUGGCUACUGGUUACAUGUGCAAAUCGGAAUUAAACGCCUGCUUUACCAGGGUGCUUGACCCUCACAACACGAACUCGCCUCUGACGCACGGCUGCUUGGACUCCUUCGCCAACUCGGCCGAUGUGUGCCGGUCCCAGACCGCAGAGGAUCACACGGGCGGCUCAUACAACCUGGAGUGCUGUCACGAAGACAUGUGCAAUUACAGGCGACUGCAUGAUCUCUCGCAUACCAGAGGAGUCACAUCAGACCACGGGCAGAGGUACCCGUCGGAGAGCAGCAAGAACCUCAUCACCCGGGUCCAGGAGCUGGCCUCGGCCAAGGAGGUGUGGUUCCGCGCGGCGGUGAUCGCCGUGCCCAUCGCCGGGGGGCUGAUCCUGGUGCUCCUCAUCAUGCUGGCCCUGCGGAUGCUCCGCAGCGAGAACCGGAGGCUGCGGGACCAGAGGCAGCAGAUGCUGUCCCGCCUGCACUACAGCUUCCACGGGCACCACGCCAGGAAGGGCCACGUGGCCAAGCUGGACCUGGAGUGCAUGGUGCCGGUGACGGGCCACGAGAACUGUUGCCUGACCUGCGACAAGAUGCGGCAGCCGGAGCUCGGCAACGACAAACUCCUCUCGCUCGUCCACUGGGGGAUGUACAGCGGCCAUGGGAAGCUGGAGUUCGUAUGAUCGCCCGGCCGGCCGGGCUGGGACGCUCGGUUGCUGUUAUGGUUAUUCCUCUGGGGGGCGUGUUUUUGUUUUUUGAACAGACGGGAAAAAAACCGGAAGGAACGCGGGCCUUGUUGGUUUUGCCUGAGGAGCACUUUACUUGAAAUAAAGACGCAUCGCACAGGGGAGCUGUGGCGGAAAACUGCAGGACUGGUGGGAGGGGCGGACCCUGUGCAGACCCCCGGAAUCCUGGACUGGUCGCCGAUCGCUGAAGGAUUCCCCAGUUUUCUGAUUUGCACAUUUGUAUAAAGUUUAGGUUGUUUUGCUUUAAUGGAAGCUGAAUAGACCGAUUCCACACUGAUACCAGGGUACAAAAGGAAACCGAGGAGUAAUAAUGGACCGUCUAGUUAUGCACACUCCUCCGUGUACGUUUCUCGAUUCCGUUUAUUGUAAAGAUUUAAAAUAUAUAUUUUUGUCUGAUAA